CGGACUUGCAAGUUAGAAAAUGGCGAGUUCGUGCAAACGACGAAUUUGCAUCAACGAGAAGCGCGGCUUUCGUCAGGAUUUGGAUUCGUGGCGGUCUAAACUCAUUGAUUGUGUGUUGAGAAGAUCUUGGAGUUGUUACUUGGGACAAGAAUUUUAGAGGACCUAAGUCAGUUCAAAGACCAAAGGUGACGGAGGAGCAAGCCACAGUCGAAAAAUGAUCAACAAAAGACACCAUUGUCUGGCACUAACCCUCUGGACACGUAUGGAUGCAGAUCAAAAUGUGCUGUUUGUCAAAGCAUGUUCCACUGGGCCAAGGACGGUCCACACAGAGAUUAUAAGCCUCCAAGUGUGUCAAAUUGGUCAUUUGAUGAAAAUUGUCUUUUCUGCUGCUUAAGACGAGAGAAAGUGAAGGAACAUGUAAUUGCGCUCAAUAACAAAAUUGUGGAAAGUGGAGGCAAACCUUUACUUGGCAAGGAUCAUUGUAAUCUCAGCAGACUUGAGUGGCAAGUAGAAGAAUUCCUCAAUGCAGUCUUGCACAGGAAAGAAUACACACCAAGGAUUCCAGAUCCUCACAUCCCUGUGGUGGCUUGUGAUACCAUGCAACAAAUGAUCAAUCGCUUAAUGGUGCAUUAUACCUCAAAUAACAACUCUCAGGACUCGCCUCAGCACAAUGGAAUGGACCAAAGCCUGGUGAAAACUCACUCUAGCAGAUCACUCAUUGCUGUUGUUACACCUACGGUUGCUGCUUCAACACAGAACCCUGUCCUCAGUAAGCUCCUCAUGGAUGACCAAGAUGCACCUCUGGACCUUUCAGUGAAGAAGGUCAGACCAGAAAUCAGUGAUCAAGAUGGUGCUCUGGAUCUUUCAAUCAAGAAGAGUCAUAAUCCAGACAGCAUGCUCCUCAGAAGCCCUCAUGUGAAUUUGACAAUACCAGUUAUUAAAAGGCAAGAUUCGGAUUCAGGUUUUGCUAAAGCAAGAGAUCUGCAGUCAUUGUCCACAUUAGAGCAGUUUAUGGCUAAGCUAUGUUCGCAUCACCAACGGCAGAUUGCUGACGCAUUUGGAUUCUUGCAAACUGAAGUAAACGCUGUGGCUUCCUCCAGUGAAGUGCAAGUGUCCACCCCAGCAGUCCCAGAAAAAUCAAUAAGCUUAGACUGUGCAGAAGAAAAGUCAGCGAUUCAAGGUACUGAAGACACUUUGCCUGUAGCAAGAGACAAGAAUGGGGGCCAAGAAUCCCAUGUUUCCAAAAAUAAUGAAGUUUCACCUGCAGAACAGUCCCUGAAAGCUGAUGGGCCAUCAAUUAAAAAAGGAUCUUCAAUAGUUAUUGGUCAGACAGAUAUCGGAGUUAAUGAGGACGAUAAUGGUGAGUUUAGGAGUACAAACAUUCAGCCUAAGUGUCCAACUCUACUGAUCUUGAAAAACAACCUUGGAAACCUUGAAGCCAAAAAGUUGUCUGAGGUUGGCUCAGUCAUUCUACAACCUAAUACUGGCACUUUAGAGCAGGGCCCAUGUGCCUCUGACACACAGUCACACACAGAUUGCACUGAUCAUGAUAUUGGUGCACUGUCUUCAUGUUCUACGAAUCAAGGACACACUGACCCUAAAUGCCUUCCAGUACGGAGCAAUGACAUUUCUGUUAAACCCUGCUCAAUUCAAAGGGCCACAAAUGGAUUUUCGCCUAAUUUCUCAAGAACGGCCAAGAAAAGUUGCAGAGGCUCUUACUCUCAACCCAGGCUUGGCUCAAUAGGUAACAUUGUAAAUGAUCCUGACAAUAAUUAUGACAUUGUCUAUGUAGGAAAACCCAUUACUGAAUGUAAGCUUCAAUCACAGAGCCAUAUGCUUCCAAGGAAAAAUGCUAGAAAAAGCACAAGAGGACAUCUGUGUUUUGGGGAUUGCUUGGAGAUAAAAACAGUGCGAACAUUGGCCUGUAAGUCUGCUCAGAAUGGUAGUGGGAAUUAUCCUGUUCCUAUGCCGGAUUUAACCACAUCAAUUGCCCCAAAGCAGGCACUUUCUAAACCUGAUGGUUUACCUGCUAUGACUGUACCUUUUACUGGGGAUUGUAUGGAAACUGUGAUGAACAAAAACCUGUCUGAUCACUCAGUGGUGACAGAAAUACCUGGAGAUGUUGUUGAAAUAUCAAGUGAGGAUUUGAUUGUAGAACCUAGUCAAACAGGUCAAUCUCAGCCAAAAGAACAAAUUCCCUCUUUACUUGCAGACGAGGAAUGUGGUCAAUUUGUGCAGCAGGAUCUGGGUAUACAUGCCAUUUCAGACAGUAGUGAAAGAACUCUCAAUUCUGCUGUGGAAAAUGAAACAACUGAAAAAAUAGAAUUUACAGCAAAAGAAAUUAUAGAUGCGUCUUCAUCUGGUGUGGUAUUGGGUGGGGUAGAAACAGAGGUCCAUGGUCAAAAUGUAGCCACAGAGACAUUGCUAAAUACAGUCUCCUCAAGCAUAGAAAACAAUUCAUCCGAGUCAGAAGAUUUCAUAGUAGGAAGUGAUUUGAAAAGUAAAAAUGCUGCGAAGUGCGAUUUCCUACCAGAGUCCCAAGAACAGACUAAAUUUUUAAGAAAACAGGUAAUGACAUGUACAGAUAACAGCACAUUGUUACAAAUGACAUGUGUAAAUGAAGCAAGCAUGAAAGUAGUGGAUUCUACAAAUCCAGGUAAAGUCGAGUUGAGGAUGUCUGAUUUAGUGGUUGAGGAAUUUACAACAAAGGGUGUUGCAAAACAUGCCCCCUCUUCAGAUAGGUGUUUGCGAAGUGGAGUCUCCAAAGGCAUAUCUGAACAAACAGCUGUCUCUGACAUGUCAUACCAGACAAAACCAGCUGAAUUGCAGACAGAUAUUCAUGAAAGAAAUAUUCUAGAGUCCAAACGGUCCUUGAUGUGUUCUAAAUCGAAGCAUACUGAAGAAAACGUGCCAUGUCAGGGUGCUCAGUAUAACGUAGAUGUCACGGAUUUUAAUCCUGAGAGUGCGCAGCAGGCUGACAGUAUAGGUAACAAAGUGUGCACAAGACAGAAGCAAAAGCUAAUGAUGGUGAAGGAAAUGGAGUCUGACAAAAAGCAGAAGGUCCAAGAGCUCCCAACACCAAAUGAUGAGCUUAAAGGUCAAGGUAAUUUGAUGAAUGAUGCUCCUGAAAUUGAGGUGAACUGUCCUCCAGGGAGUUCUGAAUCUCCUGGAAAGAACAGCCCUGGGAAAUCCAUAAGGGUUUCUGAAAGAAUGCCUUUUAGAAACCGGAGCAGUCAAAGUGAGCAUUCUGUUGGUGACUCCUGUUCACCUACCAAAAAUAUUCCACACACCCCUGAACGAAUGCCUUUGAGAAGCAGGAAUAGCAUUAGUGUUGAUCAGCCUGUGGGUGGAGAUUCUUGCAGUUCCCCCACUGCAGUCCCUGUAGAGAAGCUUGGACGAAUGCCUUUGAGAAGCAGGAAUAGUGGUUUCGCCGAGCAGACUGUUGGCAAAGAUUCCUGCAUUUCCCCAAAUACAAGCAAUUUAGACAGUGUGGCACGCAUGCCUUUGAGAAGCCGACAUAGUAGUGCAGUCAGUCGCCAUGUCAUUGAAAGUUCCUCUGAUGUGAUCAAGGAUACAUCAGGCACAAUCACUGAACAAUCCAGUGGUGAGGAUAGUGGUGUUACCAGUAAGAAAUUAGCAAGCACUGGACACAUGCCUCUAAGAAGUGGAAGUGGUCUGAUGGUAGAACAGUCAUCCAGCUGCAAUUCAUGUGGUUCAGAUGCUGGAACUGUCUCAGAGAGCCCUGGACGCAUGUCGUUGAGAAGGAGCAAUACUUUUAGUGCUGAAAAGCAGGAUUGUUUACAAACACCUCCCAAGAGUAAAAAGCUUUCUCCAAGACUUCAGAAGAUGGCCAAAACAUCUGUACCUUCAUUAAUCCAUAAGGGAGAACACAACAAGAACACUGCUAACAUCAAGACUGAUAAACUUUAUAAUGACCAAAUGAAAGUCUUUUCUAUCCCAGAUUCAUUUACUUCAUUUAACCUACCAACCACCAGUCCUUUAAUCCCCAGUCCAUGCAAGUUUUUGGAGGCUUUAAAUGGGGAAGCAAACCAACAUUUGAUUUCAGAUUUAAAUAGCAAAUUUGAAAAGAUGCAAAAAGGGUGGGUUCAAAUGGACAAAGAGGGACAGCCUGCACCAAAACCAAAAAACAAGGCAGACAGACUAAAGGAAAUAUGGAAAAGCAAACGAAGAAUUAGGAAACCAAGGUCAUUUGAGCAGCACAAAUUCUCUCCUGUGCAAAUGUUAUUUAUGAAAUCGUUUGACCUUCCCAAUAUAUGUCGCUGGUUCUUGCAGUCAACGGAAACAAAAUCUCUUGUUAUUGUAAAGAAGGUGAACACAAGGCUUCCAUCUGAAACGCAAUUGGGUUUUCAAUCCUCGCCUUCUGUGCCAGAGUCAUCUGAUGGAGUAUUCCCAAGUCUACAGGCUGAACGCUUAAAAAAGCACCUGAAAAAGUUUGCUAUUGCAUCCCCUGUGAAGAGCAACCCCAAGAACAAAAGGCUAAUUGCUAAAGCUUUAGCCCAGGCUAUCUCUAAGGGCAAAGAAAAACGAGAACCUAGAGCUGCCACACGGAUCUCUUCAAAACCACAGAGCACUACUGGUUUGAUACAGAAACAGUCCCAUGAGAACCACAGCAAGGUUGCUGCAAGUACAAAAAAUCCAGCAAGUGCUAGAAUUCUGAGAAAAUAUUCCAAUAUGCGUGAGAAAAAACAAGUCCAACAAAACUCACUGAAGAAUUUAAAGAGGUCGGUAGUAGAGGUAGACAGUAGCCAUUCCAUAACAAAGAAGGUCUCUAAAGAAAAAUUGCCCACAAGGAGAGGACAAAAAUCAGCCAUUGUCAAGGAAGUGAAACAGUUGGCUAAAAAAGCUAAAGCCCCUGCAGCAAAAGAGAAAAUCCCAAAAGGUGGUAGAGGGUUAAGAGAUUUAAAUGAAAAGAGUGGAAUCUCCUCCGAGAGGGUGCUUCCCAGAGUAUUAAAAUCUAACCGUGUAACUGCUCCUAAAACCAUGAGUAAAAAAGAAAUGCUGGCGAAAACUGGGAAAUCGCAACACACAAAAAGUGAUAAGAAAUCACCUCUUCAUAAAGGUCCUGAAAGUUUAAUGUCUCCAUUUCAAAUUAUGGACACACAGCCUCUGUUAUCAGAAGACCAGGUUCUCACAAGGUCUCAGAGAAAGAUGGAAGCCACACUUGCACAAACUGGAUCCCCAAAAACCUCUACAAAAAGAGCCUUGGAAACCUCAAUCACAUCAGUCAAGCGGACACGAACAUCAAAGUGAAGGGUGGAAAUGGAUAGACUGCUGUUGCAGAUGGGUGAUGGUAUUUCCACAAGUGAGAAUUGUUUCUUUUCUGGGAAGAAUAUUGCACAGCUUCAUUAUUACGAAGCAUAAAAGUUGUUUGACUUUCUCCUUGUUGUCUUUAGUGCAGACCCAUGAAAACAACUGCAUGCAGAAAUUCACCACAAUGUUCACAAUCAAAUGUACACGGUUUGUUGUAAACAUUUCUAUAUUAGCAUUAGUGUUGUCACUAGCCUUUAUUCAACUAAUUAGUGUUGUGCACUUGAUGUUGCAAAGGUACAGUAUGCCCAGAAAGGUCAUUCUGUUGAUUAUAACAAAAUGUAGUGUGCUGGAUUGAUUUUAGAAAUUGCUCAUUAAUAAUAACCUAUACCCUAUCAACAAUUAGAGCUGGUUUUGUGACCUUGAUAAUGUGCCUUAAGUAACAGACUGUUCCUUAAACCAUGGAAUCCUCUAUACUGCACGCAUCAUUUUGUUUAAAAGUUUCCUUAUGCCCAAGCUAUAUCUGAGUUCUGUUUCCUACCAUACUCAUUUCUUCUUCUAAGCAUUUAAACACGUCUUUCUGUAUUCCUUAUUUAGGUUUUCUAAUAUUUCAAAGUAAUUCAAGGAGCAUUAAACAUUUUCUGAAUACUUGAUCAUUCUGUAAUUUCCAUUUUGUUACCGUGAUAUUUAUUGUUCGUUAUAUUUUCAGUUUAACCUGUUACUUGUUGCCUUAAUUGUGUUUGUGCCGUUAUCUCAUUUACUUGCUGAUGAUCAGCUGCAUUGAAAUCUUUGAUUUAAUUUCAUUAGAGCUUAAUAUAACUAACUAUAACUUAUGAAUAAUCAGGUCAGUGGCUUGUCAUAAUGACUUUAUUAUGUUUGUUCAGUUAACAGGCUUUGUUGUCUUCUGAAGAUGCUUUAGCUAAUAUCUGUUCUGGAGGGCGCAGAAGAGUCUAGAGCAGUCAUGUAUAAGUCCUGUAUCUAUUUAUGAACUCUGUGCAGUACAUGGUUGUGAUUUCUGGAUUCCAAAACCCUUAAGUGAAUUGAAAGAAUAGGAAGAUCCUUGGGUGCAAAAGUAUUCGUGUUUGUGUUUCUCUGAAUUUGAAGUCUAUGCAUGCAAGGUGAUGUGCAUCAUCUGCAGAUAUUUCUUGAAAGCUUGACUCUUUGAAUACAGAUGCUUUGACCAUUAUGAAAAUGUGACUAAAAAUAAGUGAAGGCUAAUGUCCAUUAGUUUCAGUUUUGGACAGACAUUUUGCUUUGACUGCUGGAUUUCUAAGCUGGAUUUGAAUGUCCUCUGAAUGAACAUGUGAAACUUUUUUUAAUUGUCUACAAUUUAAAACUAUUUAAAAAAAAAAAAAAAAUCGAUGUGCUGCCAUUUGCAAAAUGAUGUACUCUAAUUAUAGGAUUAAACAUAAUUUUGUAUUUUGGGGAGGUAUUUGGUGGAAGUCAUUUGUCCUCAGUCCUUUAUUGUUUUACCUUAGCACAACUGUUUCUUUUUUUUCUUUUUUCUUUUUUCUUUUCAUUUGACUUUGAGUAAUAUCUUGUAAAUGCAAAGGUAUACUGCUCUGGAGUUUUGAUUGAUAUUUAAUGUUACCAUGGGUAUCAUUGACAGUUUGAUUUACCCACCAAAUACCAGACUUGAAUAUUUUACUUUACUAUUGAUAUUUAUAGUUUUUUGAUUUUGUAUAUUUGAAAAGAGAGCACAGGUGUAUUUGUGUAAUGUUUCUAAGGUUCUGCUAAAACUGGUAUAAAUUGUUUUAAUUCAA